CCCCAAAAAAUUUCUAACAAAUCGUUCUUUAAUUCAAACACACAGACAUAAAUUGAAUCUUUCAUCCUCCUCCAUCAACACAAACGCAGAAAUUAAAUCGAAUGGCGUUCAGGUCGAAGGAGAUGGUGAAGAAGAUAAUGAAGAAGAUCGGCGGCGAGAAGAAUUUGGAGUCAGGGGUGAAAGAAUCACUGAAAAAGUGUUUGCCGGACAGCAAGGUGGUGAUGGGUAGAGCGCAGCGAGGAAUUUUUGCCGGACGUCAUAUUCAGUUCGGCAAUCAAGUCAGCGAGAAAGGUGGAAACAAGACUCGGAGGAACUGGAAACCCAACGUACAGGAGAAGCGACUCUUCAGUUAUAUUCUGGACCGCCAUAUUCGCGUAAAAGUAACCACACAUGCUCUUCGCUGUAUAGACAAAGCAGGCGGGAUCGAUGAAUACCUGCUAAAGACACCAUACAAGAAGAUGGACACAGAGAUGGGUCUCUUAUGGAAAGCCAAGAUCGAGAAGAUGUAUCAAGAGCUCGGAAACAUGGAGGUUUCUUUCUUUCCACUAGAGGAGGAAACCACACUUGCAGAGGAAUUCAAAGAAAUGAGAAUAGAACAGAGGGUUGCUCGUAGGGAUGCACGAAGGAAGGCGUACGGUUGGUCUCCAAAACCCGAGCAAAUUGAGGGUGGAAGUGAAGACGUUGAAGCAACACAUAACGAGGAACUAGUUGCGAAUUCAUAGGUGGUCGCUAGGAUCGGUUUUGAGUUGUUUUGUGUUCUUUUUUCGAUGUUCCGGAAAGAUCUGGUAAGGAAUCCUUGGGGGGGUUUAGUUGCAGGUUUUUUGGUAAUGAAUUUUGGUAAGGAGUAAGUCAGCAUUGUAAUAAGCUUUUGUACAAGUACAAAGACCAAGGAAACAAUUGUUUAAAUCGUUUUAUGAGAAGAAUAUUUAAAUGGGAAACCAUUUUUUUAAUUAAA